CAGGCCUUCGCUGGGCGAUGAAUACAUGUUUGUUGAUAAUACGAUAGACUUUACUUAACCGAUAAUGCGAUAGACUUAUAUAAAACCAGAAUGGAAUAGGUGGACAAAUUAGUUUCACUCGCACGCUCGAACCGUUAAAGUCCGUGUGGCGGAGCAUAUUGAAGAAUUCAUAGGAAAAUAGUUGCAUUUAGAUUGGAACGAUAUAUUAUUAUUUUUAAAGCGAAAUCCAAUAAAGCGCACGCAUUUUACCAGAAAACAUCAUCGCGCAAUGACCAUGAUGGGUGUUAAUGUUCGUCAGCGUUUCGAAAGCCGGGUGCGCCAAGACAGCGUCUUCCGCAUCAGGAUCAGUGACGUCAUACGAAACAAGCGCGACGGCGAGCAGCUCUCUAUCGAGGAGAUAGAAUUCUUUGUAGAGGGAGUGGUUUCCGGUGUGAUACAGGAAGCGCAGUUAGGCGCCAUGCUUAUGGCGAUGUUCAUUCGUGGUCUGGACUUUGAUGAGACAACGAGUCUCACACGAGCUAUGACGCAUUCGGGCGAGGUUCUGCGAUGGCCCUCGGAGUGGAAGGGAAGGGUAGUGGACAAACACAGCACCGGUGGAGUCGGAGAUAAAGUCAGUCUUGUACUUGCACCGGCGUUGGCGGCAUGUGGCAUGAAGGUACCGAUGGUUUCUGGCAGAGGACUUGGCCACACUGGUGGAACGCUAGACAAACUGGAGGCCAUACCGGGCUUCACGGUGGACCAGUCCCACGAGGCCAUGCUGAGAAUUCUGACGGACGUUGGCUGCUGCAUUGUGGGUCAGACCAGCAACCUGGUGCCGGCGGACAAGAUCAUGUACGCGACCAGGGACGUCACCUCAACGACGGAGAACAUUGGGCUCAUAACAUCUUCGAUCAUUUCUAAAAAGGUAGCAGAAUCGUUAGACGUGUUGGUACUGGACGUGAAAAUUGGACGAGGGGCCUUUCUCAAAACAGAAAAAGAAGCUCGGGAGCUGGCCAUAAGAAUGGUGAAAGCAGGCAAUGGAUCCGGUGUGAAGACGGUUGCUCUCAUGACCGAUAUGGAUACGCCUAUUGGCUUGAUGAUUGGGAACUCUCUCGAGGUGGCCGAGUCCAUUCAGUGCCUUAAAGGAAACGGACCAAAAGACUUGACUGACCUUACUGUCAAGCUAGGCGGGCAAAUACUGUAUCGUGCGGAAAUCUGUGAAACCAUCGAUGAAGCAGACGAAAUGGUCAGGAAGACUCUCGAAGAUGGUAGCGCCCUCAAGAAAUUCUGUGCCAUGUGUAAAGCACAAGGCGUUGAGCCGGCCAAAGCAGACAGUUUGUGUUUGAAUGGAAAAGGUUUUGACCUUUUACCCAAGUCUAAAUACCAGACGGAGCUGAAAUCCCCCAAAUCAGGUUUUGUGGUGGACAUUGACCCCAUGAAGUGCGCCAUAGUGAGCGGAAAGCUUGGAGCUGGCAGGACCAAGGCUGGUGAAGCCAUCAACUAUGCGGUCGGCUUACAACUUAAAACAACCGUCGGGGAAAAGAUAGAGAAAGAAAGCACGUGGGCGGUGGUCCAUCACGACGAGGCAGAACUGGGAGAGUUUCUAAUCAUCCUAAAUGGUGCCAUUGUGAUUGGAGACUCUGUACCAAAUAGCAAGGCCAGUCGGGUUUUGGAAGUCAUCACGUGAACACCGUAUGCCAUGUUGUUGUGUGGUUGAAGAUUCAGGGUCCGUUUGGGAACAAAAAGCUUUAUUUUAAAAAUUGUACACUAAAUUAAGUUAAGAAUUAAAGAAUAAUAUAACAAUCCACGUAUUUCAUUUUUUAACUCUAAACUUUAUAUUACAAAUGUGCAUUUUAUCAGUUUUGUAAAAUACACUUGUAUAAAAUUCAAACUUCGGUUAAGUCUGACAUUUGUUUACGAUGCUGUGUUGAUCAACAUUGAACAUAUCUGAAAAAAAUGUUUAUUUUGUGGAUUAUCAACUUGCUUUUAGCCAUGAUGUGCGAAUUUAUAAUCUUUUUUAGUUCACUAAACAAGGUCACAUGGGGUUCAAAACUAGGUCAACAGGUCACAUUAAGGACAAAAUUUGUGAACAUUAUAGAAGUAAAAUAUUUGCCUUUACAUCAUGCCGCUUGAGACGAGUUCUAAAUUAAUGCAGGUUUGUUGAAAAAAAAACCAUGGCCGCCAGGGGUCAAAGCAGAUGUCCUGAUAGCUAAACAGUGUGAACCAUCUAGAAGUAACAUUUUAUGCCGAAGAAUCAUACUUCUUGCUCAUUACAUUUGUUUUAAUGAUAUCAGUUCAUUUCCUUUGAAAUCAUAUCUGCCAGGGUUCGUGGCAGUUUUCCAUAUGUGGUUAUAUUGAAACCUUGUAAACACCAACGGGGUUAUACAUUUUUGCCAAAUCAUAAUGAAACUUGCUCAGAUCAUUUGGUCUUAUUAUAUCUUAUGAUAUUAUGGUUUUCGACCUCACUAAUGUUGUACAUUAUAUAAAAUUUUACAAUUGCAAAUUCUAAAUCUCGUAAUGAAUUUAUACCGAAUGACUGAGUAUGAUGUGGUUUGUUCUUUAGUUGGCCUUUGUAUCCAGAAAUGUACUAACGGAUGAGCUUACUUAAAGAUCUGAAUUUAUCAAUGUCUUCAAUGUUUUUAUCGUCAUGUAAGUGUUGAACAAAAUUGUUUACGAUUCUUCAAAAACUAAAAUUUUACUGAGUUUCUUCAUUUGCCGAUAAUAAAACGGCCAUUUACUGUCUCAUUUGUCAAAUGUGUGUAUUGGAAAAAAUAAUACAUUUAAAGCUUCUUUUUUUCUUCAUGUUCUUUCAUGUGCACAUAUUGUAAAUAUUGCGUCGGUAGAAUCUUGUUCAUUUUGCUUUGAUUUAUUUAUUGUGUAGACUAUCUUGUACAUACGAUACUAUAUAAUGUUCUAAAAAUUGUGAUGAAUCAAUUGGACAUCGUUAUGAUCAUGUUUGUUGAGGCCUAAACGACACAUUUGCAUUUAAAUGAUGCCUUACUGCGGUCUCAAAUAAAUUUGCAUCAACAAGUUAGUGUAAAUAAAACAUAAAUGUUGAACAUAUACAUAUAAACAUGUAAACAGACAUUUUACUUUAUGUGUACAUAAUGAUCAUUGUUAAACGUGUAUUUUGUAUUUAGUUUUGGACGAAUAAUGUGGUGUACAAACACAUUUCUUUUUCUUGUGAUUAUAGUGUAUUAUAUUUUUGUUGUAUUUAAAAUGCGAUAUUCCUUUUACCGAAAAAAAGUCAGCUUAAUAGUAUAUGGCCAUACAUGCUUAUUUUCUCAAAUUUUUGUUUCAAUCUUAAAGAGAAAGUAUAAUAUUGGUUUAUUGAAAUAAAGAAAACAUUAUAGUAAUAUGUUUUGAUAUAAAAGUAAAACCAUCUGCGUUUUGAAAAGGAACAAGUGUUCUUGAGCGUUUAGAUGUUUUUGUAUUGACCAUAAUGUGCUCAUCUACAUCAGACGCGCAAAUUAUUUUCGCACUUUUUGUAUGUGCUACGUUGUUGUAUGUUUAAGUUUUGUUAAGUGAUAACGAUUGUGUCUAUUAGAAAGAAUAUAUCGCUUUUACGAGA